UAUUUACAUAUAUAAGUUGCGGCUAAUAUAUUCAAUGCACUCUUCAAGAUUGCUACCAUUGAUAACCACACACCGAUGCACCAAAUCAAACCCACUUUUUUGGUUUGCAGUGAUUUCGUCGCUGCUAUUUUGCAUUAGUUUACCAACGUACGUGUAGCGCGCAACUCUAUCUAAAUAAUUCGAAAAUAUACUUGUACACAAGAACGAAAAAUGCCUGUGCUUAAGUGGGGUAUUGCAGCAGCUGGGCGCAUAACGCAUGACUUUGUCACAGCAUUGUCCACCAUUGAACAAAGCCAACAUAUGGUGGUCGCUGUGGCCGAUGUGGAAGAGCACCGUGCUAGAGAUUUUGCUAAACGUCAUGAAAUACCUAAAUACUACGAUGGCUUCGAUGCCCUUUCUCUGGACGCCGAAGUCGAUGUGGUCUAUGUGGGCACUCUAAAUCCUUUCCACUAUCGCGUAGUGCGUCUAAUGUUGGAGCGUAGCAAACAUGUGUUGUGUGAGAAACCAUUGUGCUUGAGCGUGCGGCAAGCUGAAGAGCUUUAUCGUGUAGCAAAGGAACGUAACGUAUUCCUCAUGGAAGGCAUGUGGUCACGCUGCUUUCCCAGCUAUGCGCGGUUACAUGAACUCUUGCUUGCCGAUUGCAUCGGUGAGGUGACACACAUACAAGUGCAACAUGGUUUUCGUGCGGAUGUGGAACGCAUCUUGCAGCGCUCACUUGGCGGUUCCAUUACGCUUGAUAUUGGCCUUUAUGCAUUGCAGUUGGGUCAAUUCGUCUAUGGCUGUGCUCCCAUUGGCAUCAAAUGCAAUGCACAACUGAACAGUGAUGGUGUCGAUGUGGAAAGUGAAUUCAUAUUGGAUUAUGGAAAGAAUCGAAAGCUCGCUGCAUUCAUAUCGGGUUUGGAAAAUUUGGAUAAUUGCGCGAAAUUGUUGGGCACCAAGGGUGAAAUCAAGCUCAAUAACUACUGGUGCUGCACAUCGCUGACGAAGCCCGGCAAUGCAACGGAAUCUUGGCCAUUACCCGCUGCUAAAUUCGAAUUCAAUCACACUAAUUCCUGUGGACUACGCUAUGAGGCGGAAGAAGUGCGCAAAUGCAUCGAGAAACGUUUGCUGGAAUGUCCAUUGUAUACGCAUGCGCAAAGCCUAGAACUAAUACGCAUCGAAGAGGAGAUACGUAGGCAAAUAAAUGUAAACUAUGAUGACGUAUUGUGCUUGGAUUUAUGAGAAUAGGACACGGUAAAAAUGGGCUACUGGAAAGAAAUUAGUUUAGAUCAUCAUCGUCUACUUUGCUCAAGAAUUUGUAAUGAGAUUGGAAACCGAGCACAACCCUUACAGGAAUUUGUUCAUUUCUUUUUAUUAUUAUUAAUCUAAAUAGUUUAUAACUAUGUUUAUUCGAUUCGUGUUAUGCAGUUACUGUUACAUAUAUUACAGCUACAUACAUAAAUUUAUGCAAAUAUGUACCUACUGUAUAAUCUAAAUAUACAUACAUACACUUGUGAUCAGCUAAUUAAGCCAGCAACAUUUUGAUAAAUUUUGGCUAUUUUUCUUUUGUUUAUUUAAUGUUUAUUAUUUUUUCAUGAAACUCUAGCUUAUUUUAUAGCAAACACCAAUAUAAAUCCACAUUUCAAACUUUUUACAAAAAUUAUAAAAAAAUCUGUAAACUUUCAGCUAAAUUUUAAACUUUUUAUUGAGAUU